GCGUGACCCUUGCCCCCACCCCGCGUGACCCCCCCCCCACGCAACACGUGGGUGCGAGUCCACAUGUUCCCCGGUGCGCGCUUCUACUUCGUCGUCUGUCCACUUUCUCGGGACCUCUCUGCAAGACCAUUUAAGAAUCAACGCCGGGCCGGGCCCUGUAGUAGUGGGCAGGGGUUCAACGCGGCGUUCUUCACGCCCGCCCGGCGUUUUAAGAUCCCCGAGGUCUAAAACCUGGGCGAGGAUCAACUCGCCGCGGCUCAGCGCUGCGCAGACGCGGAGCCAAAGGGUUCCGCCGCCGCCACCUCCUCCGCCCGUGGACAGGCCCGGUCAACCAUGAGCGGGGGAGCCCUGGAACGAGCUCGCGCUGCCGGCCCCGAGCGCGCAGAGCUCCGUGCUGUUGCCCCGCGACCCGCAGCUCCUCGAGCUGUGCGCUGCCCUGGGCGGCGCGGCGAACGAGGCCGCGGGCGCCCUGCAGAGUCAUCGGCUGCGCCUGGACGGCGGAGUUCUGCGCAUCCGUGCUCCGCGUUUUCCGCUCCCGCAUGCGCAAGCACAAGCCCUACCGCGCCGUGCAGCAGGUGGAUAAGUGCUUCACUCGGCUCUUCGACUUGAAACUCGAGCUGCGUCUAAAGGAGCUGCACGGCAGCUGCACGAGCUUACCGGAGAGCAUGGCGGCGAUGCCGUGUACGUGCCCAGCCGCCCCUUCCUCGAGUGGAUGGCGGCUGCUCGUGAUGGGUGCUUCCAAGCUCGUCCUGCACACCGUCGCCAUGUGCGAGCGUGCCUUCCUGUUGGUCCUGCAUCAUCUGCACCUGAGGAAUACAUCACCCUGAACCUGCUGCUCACCGCCGUGCUCAGCCGCCUCUGUGUGAUGUGCAAGCCGAUACUGCUGGCCUUGGUGGGCCUGUACAGCGAGCUGCGUGCCGUGCUGCGUACCGUGAGCAGCCUACACGGCGUCUCAAUGGCCAAGGGGUUUGAGUUCCCCGACGCGCUCGCUGAGUGGCUGGGCCCCGACUUCACGCACGUCCUGCAGAUCGGUGCUCCACUCCAAGUGCAUAAAGCCAAGAUCAGCUCGGACCUGCUGGAGUUGCUGUUUGUUGCCUCGGAUGAAACAUUUGGCGACUCCGGGGCUGAAUUGGUGGAGAAUCCGGCUGUUGCUGCUCCUGCUGCUGCUACCACUGCACAACCGAGACCCCGGUCGCAGGAGGUGAUGGUUCCUGAUAUCGGCAAGCGUUUGGAGCAGGGAGGAAGCCGGGACGCCGUGGAGUGUAAGUUGGACUGGCUCAUGGAGAAGACACAGAACACGGGCCAUGGCUCAGAGAGAGAAGUCAAGAGAGAUCCAGGAAAAUCCCGGAUAAUUUCGUGUGUGGUGCCAGCGGCGCCGCCGGCGCCGGUGGCGCCGGCGGCUCUAUGGCUCUCGAGUGGCGCAUGCGAAGCAACAACAUUUACCGAGAUGACGGAUGCCCUGGGAGCCCUCGUCCGGACCUGCCGUCGCCAGCACCAAAGGAGGCCGAUGCUGUACUUGGGAGGCCUGAGGCUCAAGUGUGCGAGGCUCGCCAAGCUGGAGCGGCUGGGCUAUGAGCUACAGGGCGAAGCUUCGUCAUAUGAAAACAACCGUGCGCCGGUUCAUGCGGAGAGACGUGACGGCACCGUGGCCUGGAGCCUCACAGAAAUGUCGCGCAAAGACUACAGCUUUAUCGCCAGGCGAGCAGGAAACAGUUUCCGGGUUCUGCCGUGGACACGACUGAAGAUUCCGAGUCGAGCCCAGCCGCGACACAGAUGGUGGACAUUCUGUCGACAAUGCCACCCUGGGCCCAUGUCGCGUCGGGUUUAUAGCCUCGCGGACCAGCACGGAGGUCCCGAGGGCCACACAGUAUUCACAGGCCGCAUGGUUGGUCCAACACAGAGGACACUCAUGACUUGGACAUCGAUGACAUCUUCUCGGCGCUCGGCUGCUGAAGAGUGUGAGCGAGCCUGCCCAUAAAGUUUGCACGGUUUUCUGUAGCCAUCUUCUUUUAUUGCUGGGCAGGUUCUUUGAAAUGUGAUUUGAUUUUUAAAAAGUUUUUUUUUAUAUUUUUAAACACUUCUAUUUCUUUUUGAUUUAAAGCUUUCGUGACUGCAGGGAUUCAUAUUCUUGGUUCUUUCG